UGCGCUCCCAACACAUGUUGUUCUCCAUUGACAAUAACUGUUGCACAUAUAUCCGAAGCCGGCCAUAACUUUCCGAUACAGCUCAGACCACGGGUGCUCCCGAAACUGAAUUGUCCAAAACUUCAGAAUCCUUGUUGGUCGAUCAUUCAGAAUGUCAGCCUUCCAGAGAUGGACGGUCUCCGAGCCGUACGUCGACAUAGCAGGCACUUUAUUGGAGGGUCCGUUCCAUGAUGAGACCAGGAAUGAGUUUCGCUUUGUCGACAUCUGGGAACAGAAAUUAUACACUUUGAACCUUGCCGAAGGGCCAGACUCCUUGCGGAUUUUGGACACGUCUGCUUCCAUUGGGGUGACUGCCAACAUCGCCAAUGCCGGAGAUUCCCAUAAGGACCAGAUCGUCGCGGCCGCCAAACAUGGAUUCGCCCUGAUCAAUCGCGACACCGGCGAGCUGUCGUAUAUCCGCAGAGCAUGGGACGACCCAGACAGGGACCACAGGAUGCGUUUCAACGACGGAGCAGUCGACAGCCACGGGCGAUUCUGGGCCGGGGCCAUGAAUGACCCCAAGAUCCAGAAGCCUACCAACGAAGGGGUACUGUUCCGGCUAGAUCCUGACUUGAAACUCCAUCGGAUGGUUGAACAGCUGACGAUCCCCAACGGGAUUGGCUGGAACCCUGCGGAUGACACCAUGUACCUGACCGACUCCCCUACUGGUAAGAUUUUUGCCUUCGACUUCGAUGCGAAGACCGGAGCAAUCAGCAACCGCAGGGUUCACUUUGAUAUUGGGGAGCCCAAGGAGCCCGAUGGAUUUGCCAUCGAUGAGGAAGGCUGCCUCUGGAGUGCCAUAUAUGGCGGCGGGAAGAUCAUACGCAUCUCGCCGGAGGGAAAAGUGAUUGGCGAAGUGAUCCUGCCUACACGAAACAUUACUUGUCCAACAUUUGUCGGGACCGAGCUCUUUAUCACAACUGCCAAGGACGAUGUGAACGAUGAGCAGCUUCCCAACUCUAUCCGGUAUGGGGGACGGCUUUAUCGCGUGGAUGUCGGUAUCAGAGGAAAGCCUAAGAAUCAGUUCCGCUUCCAGGACUGAUCUCAUGGUGAUAACCUAGCAUUCAAAGAGUUGUAGAAAGAAGUAUACUUUGAC